UUUCAUUGAUAUCUCUUGCCGAGAGCACAGGAUAACAAACUUUAUGAAAUUCUUAAAAACAGUGUAAUUCAUUCGAUAUGUAUUGUUAUCAAAGGAGAAGGAGGUGGUAUCAACAAAGAAAUGAGCGUUUUCUUCAAUCAAUUAAAAGAUAUGGCGAGAGGGGCUCUGGCUUUCGUCCACGAGGUGAAGUUCAGGACUUCCAGCAGAUUCGAGAGAGGUGCCUGAGCACUGGCACUCUCUUUGAGGAUCCGGAUUUUCCAGCCAUCGACUCUUCCAUUUUCUUCAGCCGCAUCUGCCCUGCAGGAAUAAAAUGGAAGAGGCCAUCGGAGCUGUGCGAUGAGCCACGACUCUUUGUGGAAGGUGCUACAAGGUUCGACGUCGUUCAAGGUGAACUCGGUGAUUGCUGGCUGCUUGCUGCUGUAGCGAACUUAACGUUGAACGAUGCCCUUUUCUACAGAGUCGUACCCGACGACCAAUCUUUUGUCAAAGAUUACGCCGGAGUUUUUCACUUUCGUUUCUGGCAGUACGGCCGAUGGGUGGACAUUGUGGUGGACGACCGAUUACCCACAUGUGGUGGCCGCCUGGUUUUCAUGCACUCGAAGCACAACAAUGAGUUCUGGAGUGCGCUCUUAGAAAAGGCCUACGCUAAACUGCAUGGUAGUUACGAAGCCUUGAAGGGUGGAACUGCCUGCGAAGCGAUGGAGGACUUCACCGGCGGUGUAACAGAAGUCUACGAAUUAAACAAAGCACCCCCAAAUUUCUAUCGUAUUCUUCUAAAGGCCUUUGAAAGGUGGUCUCUCAUGAGUUGUUCCAUUGAGCCGGAUCCUGACGUACUUGAAAUGGAGAUGCCAAAUGGGUUGAUAAAAGGGCACGCAUACAGUAUUACAAAAGUUAAGCUGGUGGAAGUACAGACACCAAGAGUACGAGGCAAAAUCCCUUUGUUGCGAGUCAGAAACCCUUGGGGAAAUGAAUGCGAGUGGAGAGGUGCCUGGAGCGACCGAUCUCAAGAGUGGUCGCUUAUCAGCCCAGAGGAAAAGGAAGAGCUGGGGUUAAGGUUUGAUGCAGAUGGUGAAUUUUGGAUCUCAUUUAAAGACUUCAUGGAUAAUUUCCACCGAGUGGAGAUUUGCAACUUGAAUCCGGAUUCCUUGGAUGACGAGCCACUCACAAAGCAUUCGAAGAAAAAGUGGGAGAUGAGCAUGUACGAGGGAUCAUGGGUCAAGAACUGUACAGCAGGCGGAUGCAGGAAUUUUAUAGAGACAUUCUGGAUGAAUCCUCAGUUCCGUAUCGUCCUGGAGGAUGUCGAUGAAGACGACGAUGAUGACCUAUGCACAGUCAUCAUUGCUCUCAUGCAAAAGAACCGUCGCUGCAAGAGGCAGAUGGGUCAAGAAUGUUUAACGAUCGGAUUCGCCGUCUAUUCGCUUAAAAAUCCUGAAAAGUUGCCUAAGCCUCUGCCGAAACAGUUUUUCCAAUACAAUGCAUCCGUUGCGAGGUCGAACACAUUCAUCAAUUUACGAGAAGUCAGUUGCCGAUUCAAGCUUCCACCGGGGACCUACUGCAUCAUUCCCUCCACAUUCGAUUCUGGAGAAGAAGGAGAUUUCAUUCUCAGGGUCUUCGCGGAAAAAAAGAACGUCAUGACGGAAUACGAUGAAGAUAUUGGCAUUACUAAACCGGAUGACGAAACGGAAAAGUUUGCGGGAGAUAUCACAACGUAUCCUGUUCCAUUUUCUGUUCAAGUGCAAGAAACAGAAGAAGAAAAAAGCAAGGAUCAGGAAGUCAAAGAUUUCUUUGCCAGCAUCUCUGGUGAAGAUUUAGAAGUCGACUGCUACGAAUUGCAAGAAAUCUUGGAUUUUGCUUUGAAGAAAGCAUCAUUGGAUUUAGAGUUUACAUUCGACGGCUUUUCGCUGGACGUCUGCAGGAGCAUGGUGGCCAUGAUGGAUGUCGACAGGUCUGGUAAACUAGGAUUAGAAGAAUUCAAGAAUCUGUGGGCUGAUAUCAGAACCUGGAAGAACGUGUUUAAGAAGUACGAUAUUGAUCACUCAGGAUCACUGAACACGAUUGAACUCAGAGCUGCUUUACAUUCAGCAGGAUACCGUCUGAACUUCCAUGUUUUACGAGCAUUAGUUCUUCGUUAUGGUAAACGUGGAAAAAUCAACUUUGAUGACUUUAUUAUGUGUGCUGUCAAACUAAAGACCAUGAUAGAAACCUUCCAAGAAAGGGAUCCUCGCAGAACAUUGAAGGCCACCUUUACUCUAGAUGAGUGGGUUGAAAAGACUAUGUACAGUUGAAGAUAAUGAAACCUUAAUCAAGAUCCAGAAGCAUUUUGCAUUCUUCCCUUUACAUUUAAGAGCUUCCUGUUUGAAUUCAGUAUUUGUGUCACCAAAGUUCUGUAAAUUUUGUUUUUUUUUUCUAUUAUACAUGUGCUAAUGAAUUAUUCCAUGAUGAUAAUUUCAAUGUAAAUAUUUCAAAAUAUUCAUCUUAGUCUCUCAAGUGUUUUUAAGUACCUAAAAUUCUUCCACAUCAUGUACAAUCAAUGAGUUCCAUUGAUUUUGACUUCUAGGUGUAUAGUGUAUGUAUAAACCUAUAUUUAAGGUUAAAUUUAAAAUGAAAGGAUUGAGGCACAAGAAAUAUUUAUUCGAACAUUAAUUUUUGUAUUAGUUAAAUCUGAUUAAAUGUAUUUUUACCUUGAAUUUUUAUAUAAUGAUUGGUAUACAGAUUCAAUACUUAUUCUGCUUAAAUGUACAAUAAAACUCAACUAGUAUUAUAUCUAACGAAUUAUGUUUUUUAAAGUACAAAAUGAUAUGUGAUUUAAAAUAGUAAUGUGAAUAAUUAUGAAUAUGCUGCUAAUAGGUAUUUAUUUACUGGCCAACUAAUUUGUAAUCAGAUAUCUAUAGAAAAGCAGUGACAUAUUUUGAAAUAUUUUAAUGCAUUUAUGUAUUAUUUCACUAAAAAAAAUUGCGUAUUCAUCUUAUUCCAUCCAGACCUGGAAGAAGCUUUAAAUACGUAUUAGUGCCUUUAUCAUUCUAAUAAAUAUCAUAAAAUUUAUCAUUCUAUUUCUUUACCAUAUAGCAGUUCUAAAUUGUAGGGUGAUAUUUUUAGGCUUUCCUUUAUUAAUGUAUAUUUUAUUUUAUAUACAUAUGUAUAAUUGGAUUAAAUAUAUAUACUAAUGUUU